GAGAGACCCGAGAUAGAGGAUUUGGGAAGGGGAAGAAAGGAGAAAACCGGGGAGGGGGGGCAACCUUCCUCCUCCUCCUCCUCCCCCUGCCCCCCUCCGUCUCAUUCGGGGUCCAAACGCGAGGAUUUGGUCACCCGCGCGCGCACACGCGCCUCCACCUCGGCCAGCCGCCGCCGCGAUGUCUUUCCCCCAGUUUGGCUAUUCCUACAGCGCUUCUUCACAGAUUUUCGUCUCGGCCAGCUCCAGCGCCACUUGCUGUACCUCGGCUUCCCGAACUGCCUCCGACGUUUCCUCGGGGUCUUCCCAGCCGGCGACCCUCGGCUGCCCCUCUUACGAGAAUCGGCUGCUGGCCGGAUCCAGAACGGAGCUCAACGCGGCCUUGGGGAUCUACGGCUCGCCCUACACGGCCGCCGGGGCCAACCCGGGUUACGCCAACUACCUGCCCUACAACGCCGACCCCUCCAGUUUCUACACCGCGUUGAAUUCUCAGUAUGACUUGAAGGACAGCUCACCGGCUUUACAUGCAGGCAUUGCUCAACCAACGGCAGCAGCCUACUAUUCUUACGACCAUUCUUUUGGACAGUAUGACAGGUAUGGAACAGUGGACUUUAGCAAUUCAUCCAGACGUAAGAAUGCAACCCGGGAAACCACCAGCACCCUCAAGGCAUGGUUAUAUGAACACCGAAAAAAUCCUUACCCGACCAAGGGCGAGAAGAUCAUGCUGGCCAUCAUCACCAAAAUGACCCUCACUCAGGUCUCCACCUGGUUCGCUAACGCCCGCCGGCGACUCAAGAAGGAGAACAAGAUGACCUGGUCUCCUAAAAAUAAAAUGGGAGAUGAGCAGAGGGAGGAACAGGGAAAGAACAGGAAAGACUGUAGCAGCGACAAUGAAGACAAAGACCCCAAAAUCUGCAAAGAAGAAAAGGAGUUGCAACUGAGCGAUCUGGAGGACUUAGACGAGGAGGAACCAGGCUUGAAGGUUGAAGAUGAGCUGAAGGACGGUCUCCUAAUUGGCAGAGCAUUGACCGAGUCUGAAAAGAACAGCUGUACUGGGAGCUCAGCUAGUCAUUUUCAUGCUUUUUCAUGUGCCAAGCAACGUUCCCCCAUUACAGGGCACUUUCUUGGCCACAAGGAGAAUAACACAACAGGAAGUCUUGCAACUCAAGGCCAACUCUACGAAACUCCAGAGAAGCCACGCAUCUGGUCCCUCGCUCAUACGGCAGGAGCCAACAUGAUUAUGGGGUCCGCCAGCCACCCUGCUCCAAGGACAGAGAGCCCUGAUUGUUUGGUGCUCAGGGGAAGGUGCUCUGGGACUGACGGACACUGCCUUGAAGCGAGGCCACUGGGCAACCUUGCCAGAACACAACCCAUUCAUGACAAGGCCUUGGAAGAGCUGCCACCACCAGCUAAAAUCUUUAAGAGUUCAACCUUCAACCUACAGUCCAUUGCACUAAACUAUGCAUCCUACCCCAUGCUAGGGGAGACAUGUCAGUAUGCAACAGGAACAGAAGGAUUUAGGAGGAGCAUCCGGACUGCUCCAAGUUCUCUGGACCUGAGUGAUGUUUGUCUCAGUCAACAUAAAGAGAAACUGAGAACAGCUUUCCGGCCGGUGCUGAAGAGGUGAAAAAAGUUCUUGAAAACCACUAUGUUACUUGAACUUCUCAAGAAAGUAUGGAAACAUCAGGCUUCCAGGGAAGACAGCCGUUAUCUCUUUGUCUGUCUCAUUUUUUUCUCAACACUCUUCAGAGUAUGAAUGACUGUUACAGCUUUUCUUGUCAGAGGAAGGGAAAAGAUAACACAACUUUUACCAUCACAAGGCCUACCAGAAAACAUACAUAGGAACUGGUUUUUCUAUCUUAUAUGAGCAUCUCUCAUGCACUACGUUUGUCAUCAAACUACGUUAAUUGAACUAUGACUCUCCAGUAAAAUUCUGCCAAUAUAUUUUGGAUUUUUUGAGAGAUCUUGGCGUCUAUUGUAGAUCUGUGUUAUUCUCUGCAUAAUGGAAACUAACAAUGUGGUUAUUGAACCAAUCUCUUUCUUUCUUUUUUCUUUUUCUUUUCAUAUCCCAAAUAUGUAUGGGAUGUGUGGGGGUUAACAUCUUUCCAACAGGUUUUCAGAUUUUUCUUUUUUUGAAUAUUUGUUUUCCCCCAUUUUUAAAUUAAGUGUGUUUGUGUGUUCUGUUUCUUCAAAAGAGUCCUUUCCUAGUUCAACCUGCACAUUUGUUUAUUAUUGCCUUGUACAAAGAUACCAUGGAAAGUAUUUUUAAAACUCUCUAAUUAAAAAUCCAACAACUGAAUGCUGUUCAAGAAAAAUGUGAAAUGUAAGAGGCAGGAAGUACGUAGGUGAGAAAAAGAGAGGGUGGGGAGGGAGGAAGGGAGAGAAAUAGCACUCAGUGAGUUGCAUUACUAUCAG